AUGACGGAACUUUUCUGGGCUGGUGACAUACAACCUAAUGUGGAACUGAAAAACACUCAGGGCCCAUCUGUGCCCACAGAAAGUCCAGUGAUUUUGGAUGACUACAAUUUAACCAAACCUCAUGAAAUGGAAACUGUGGACAGUGCAGAAGGCCCAGCCAAUGAGGAUGAAGAUACAGGAGAUGACGCGAUGAGAGUGAACGAUGGCUAUGGCGAGAGGGAUGAGACGGUCUCAAAGCCAGAGCCCAUGGGGCACGCAGAAGAGCCUGAGCUUGCUUGCAGCUAUUCCAGGGACUAUAACGAAUAUGAAGACAUUAAGCUGGAGAGACAUGUUGUUUCAUACGAUAGUAGCAGGCCAACCAGCGGGAAGAUGAGCUGUGAUGUGUGUGGAUUGCCCUGUAUCAGCUUCAAUGUCUUAAUGGUCCAUAAGCGGAGCCAUACUGGCGAACGCCCAUUCCAGUGUAACCAGUGCGGGGCAUCUUUCACUCAGAAAGGUAACCUCCUCCGCCACAUCAAACUGCACACGGGGGAGAAGCCUUUCAAGUGCCACCUGUGCAGCUAUGCCUGCCAGCGAAGGGAUGCGCUCACGGGCCACCUGAGGACACAUUCGGUGGAGAAACCCUACAAGUGCGAGUUCUGCGGGCGGAGUUACAAGCAGAGGAGCUCGCUGGAGGAGCACAAGGAGCGCUGCCGCACGUUUCUGCAGAGCACCGAGCCGGGGGAGUCCGCAAGUGUGGAGGCCAGACAUAUCAAAGCCGAGAUGGGAAGUGAAAGAGCUCUCGUGCUGGACAGAUUAGCGAGCAAUGUGGCAAAACGAAAAAGCUCAAUGCCUCAGAAGUUCAUUGGUGAGAAGCGCCACUGUUUUGAUGCCAGCUAUAAUCCCGGCUACAUGUUUGAGAAGGAGAGUGAGCUAAUCCAGACCCGGAUGAUGGACCAGGCCAUCAAUAAUGCCAUCAGCUAUCUCGGCGCCGAAGCCCUGCGCCCCUUAGUGCAGACCCCGCCUGCGCCCACCUCGGAGAUGGUCCCGCUGAUCAACAGCAUGUAUCCCAUUGCCCUCACUCGAGCAGAGAUGCCCAACGGUGCCGCCCAGGACCUGGAGAGGAAGAGCAUGCAUCUGACAGAGAAGAGCGGGCCUCCUGAGAGAGCCCUCUCCCCCAACCACAGUGGCCAGGACUCCACGGACACUGACAGCAACCACGAGGAACGUCAGAGCCACAUCUACCAGCAGGGCCACGUGGUCCUGCCUCGGCCCCGCAAUGGGAUGCCGCUCCUGAAGGAGGUCCCUCGCUCCUAUGAGCUCCUCAAGCCCCCGCCCCUCUGCCCAAGAGACUCCAUCAGAGUCACCAACAAAGAAGGGGAGGUGAUGGAUGUGUACCGGUGUGACCACUGCCGCGUCCUCUUCCUGGAUUACGUGAUGUUCACCAUUCACAUGGGCUGCCACGGCUUCCGAGAUCCAUUUGAGUGUAACAUGUGUGGGUACCGAAGCCAUGACCGCUAUGAGUUCUCGUCGCACAUCGCCCGAGGAGAACACAGGCCCAUGCUGAAGUGA